UUCAAAGUAUUUAUCAAAAUGCAAAGUGGGAUAGACAGCGACUCUGAACCAGAAAAAGAAGUUAUGGAUUCCACCAUCAUGUCCAGAAAAUCCCUUUACAAAUCAGGGGUCCCUCAGCUAGAGAUCCCAUUUGCAGUACAGAAUGUCAUCUCUAGGAUUGAGCAAGCACAGCUUCAUCGAGCCAGAGAGGCCAUUAACAUGCAGCUGGCUGAUAUAAUGCUUAAUGUACAGCGGAUAAUAAAUCGCUACACUCUUGAUGAGAAUGUGCACUCUCGAAGAAAAAUAUCCAUUACAGAAUAUAAGAAACGGAGAGUAAAUUUCAUGGAAAAAAUAGUUACUUGUGCUAAGAAUGUUGAAAUUAGAGAAAAGACUCUUGUGUACAUACUGGCCUGGUUGGAAGAAUGGAAUGCAAUUUUGUCUGAGAUGACUGCAAUUGAUAUUGAGGAACACCACCACUGGAUAGCACAAAUGGAGCUUUUACCAGAAAUGUUCAAAGCUAUUGAGAACAAUGUCAAGUUACUGUGUAGAAUUAGUGUAUUUUUGUUUGAAGAAAAGAAGAGACAAAGGAAAAAAACAACAUCUAGAAGUACUCUAUGGAAAUCUUGGAAAGAAAGAGUUAUAAAGCGACCUGCAACAGCUCAUGCUUUAAGACCAGAUCAGAUGAUCAGUGAUGAAUUUGCAACAAAUACAAAGGUUUCAGAAAUCCAAGAUAUGCUACAGGAACUCAUAAACACUAUGAUGUUCAAUAAAUUGGAAAACAAUGCUAUUAAAUAUAUAGCAUCAACAAUAAUAAACCUUUCCAAGGCUUUGGGUAUAAUAAAUGAUGAACUAAAAAUUUUUAACCUUCAGAGUGCCAAUAUGUGUAUAAGUGAGACAAGUGAAAAAGAAAAAGAGCUCUCCCUGAAGAUAAUGCGAGAGCUCAGUGAAAAAAAUGAAAUGCUUCAGCAGAAACUUCAAGAAGCAGAAGAAAAAUAUGAACAAUUUAUUCGGUCCAAAAUUGUUGUAGAACCCCAAGUAGGUACAGCAUUACCCACAUCAAUCUUGAAAGUGUUGCCUGAGCUUUCUUCACAAUCAUCCACUAGCAAAACUGACAAAGAAGACAAUAUGGACGAUAUUUUGGUUAAAGAACUUGAAGAUAUUACAGAUGAGGCCCAAACAAAAGGGACCAAAGGCUUGGGGAUCAAGUGGGACUCAACUAUUUCAUAUAGAGCCCCAGCUGAAAUGACUCCAGAUUUAACUGAAGAGCAAUAUCCUUCACUUAAAAAAAAGCAAAGAGGGUCUUCUGAAGGUAUCACCGAAGAUAAGAUAUCACAGAAGAAAGGUGAUGUCUAUAGGAAAGAUGGGACUGACCAGUAUCAAUCACAGGGAAAAAAGCAAACUAAAGGCCCAUAUAUGCAUGAGACUUCUGGAUUUAAUGUGAGUGAUGAUAAAGGUAAAGAAAAAGACUCAGAGACCAAACUUGAUUACCAUUUGGAGCUACAGUCACUGGAAAAGAAGAGAAAAGAAAUAAAAUCCUUUUCUGAGGACAAAUCAAAGUCAUCCACUGAAUCAAGAAAAUCAAGAAGUGAUCAUGUCCCUGCUGAUUACCCUUCUACUGACACAAAAAGCCAAAUUGGCAGAAAUGGAACAAGUAGUUUAUGGGAACAAUUCAGGAAGCUCAAACCUGAGUAUUCACAUUACAAAAGCCAGAUUUCUUCAGAGAGUAAAGAGGAAUCUACCACUGAGUCAAUGGACAAAGAGAGCAAAAGUGAGACCAGCAGCCAAGCAGAGCAAUUUGGGUUUACCCAACUUGGUUAUUCCUCUGAGAAAGUGAAAACAAAAGGAAAGAAACACCAUGUCUCUCCAGGAACCACCACAAGCAAAGAGGGAAAACUUGAAGAGGACAUAUUAGUCACCAAGAAAGUCAAGUCUCAUAGACCUGUGAAGCCCAAAUCUAGGGUAACAGAAGAGACUUCAGAAUCUACCAGAGUUCUAGGAAGUCUAGAUGGCAGAAGUGAAGAGAGUAACCUAGAAGAAUUUCAAAAAGCCGUAAUGGCUUUCCUAAAAGAGAAAAUUGAUAACGUAGGAAAGCCUUUAGAUAAAAAGACUGUGCCAAAAGAGGAAUUAUUAAAAACACCAGAGGCUGAAAAAUUAGGAAUCAUAAGGGAAAAAAUAGAGGAAUAUUUCCAAAACGUAGGUGAAACUGUGACAAAAACCUUGAGGAAGUACAAAGAUAUAAAAAGUGCAGGACAGGCUGGAGAGAAAUCUUUGAAACAAAAAAAAGAAGUCUCAUUUAUGCCAGGAUUGCAUUUUCAGAAGCCCACUAGUGCAAAGUCUGAAAUUAGCACCUUACUGUCAUCUAAGAGCAAGGAUCCACUAACUGACAAUUUAAUACAAACGAUCUUGGCUGAACUAGAAGGGAAAAGAGAUGCUCUAGUGGCCUCAACGGUAGGGAGAGACGGCAAGGAAAGGCAAAAACAAAGGCGGCAGAAACAUUUGCAAGAAGGUCCAGAAAAAAUAGUUGGUAAGCGUCUCAAACACCAGUUGCAAGAAGGAAGUUUCUGGGAGAAACUGCAGGAGGAAGAGUCAUGGCUCCAGAGGAAGGGAGGAAAGCAAGGACAACGGAAGCAGAAACAGUGGCAGAAAAUGUGGAAGGAACAGCAAAAACAGAGGAUGCAAAAGCAGACUGAGCAAGAUGAGGAGCAAACGCAAAGAGAAGAGGAAGAUUAUCAGAAGCCAAAACAGCAGCAGCUGGAAGCAUGGGAUAAAAAAAUGGAAAAACAAGUGGUGCCCCUGGAGAAGGAGAAGGGACAGCAGAAGAGGGAUGCUCAGAAGGAAGUGAGAUAUCAGGAGCUGGAAAUAAAUUGGGAGAAAGAGGAGAAGCAGGAGCCAUGGAGAAAUGUAGAGGACCAUGAAAGACAGAGGCAGAAAGAAACAAAGGAUCAGAUGAAGAUUAAGGAGAUAAACUCUGAAGAACAAGAAAAGAUGUUCGGCCAAACUUCAAUGACAUUGUCUCCCCCAUGGAAGAGCAUACAGAAACUAGCACCCCAGUUACAUCAAAGAAAAGAGUUCCAGAGUCAUCUUAAGGCAUUAGACAUUCUUGCUGAUGGGAAGCACCCUAUACCAAUCACUCCUUCUCCUUCCACACAAUCGCCCUCACCCAAGGCCAUUCCAGUUUCUGGACAGUCUCCCACAAAGUUCCUCACUCUAACUCCUAAACAGGCCCAGGCACUGGGGAUCAGUCUCACCACUGAGGAGGCCAAGGCACUGGGCAUCACUAUCACCUCUCAGCAGGCCCAGGAACUGGGGAUCACCCUCACAGAUGAGCAGGCACAGACACAGGGGAUAACUCUCACCCCUCAGCAGGCCCAAGAACUGGGGUUCACCCUAACUGAUGAGCAGGCACAGGGGAUCACUCUCACCCCUGAACAGGCCCAGGCACUGGGGAACACACUCAUUCCCCAGCAGGCCCAGAAACUGGGAUUCACCCUCACUGAUGAGCAGGCACAGACAAAGGGGAUGACUCUCACCCCUCAGGAGGCCCAGGCACUGGGGAUCACACUCACCCCCGAACAGGCCCAAGCACAGGGGAUCACACUCACACCUCCACAGGCCCAGGCAUUGGGGAUCAUGCUCACCCCCGAACAGGCCCAGGCACAGGGGAUCACUCUCACCCCUCCACAGGCCCAGGCACUAGGGAUCACACACACCCCUGAGCAGGCCCAGGCAUGGGGGACCACACUCACUCCUCCACAGGCCCAAGCACUGGGGAUCCCUCUCACUCCCCAGCAGACCCAGGCACAGGGGAUCCCUCUCACACCUCAGCAGGCCCAGGCACUGGGGGUGACUCUCACCCACCAGCAGGCCCAGGCACAGGGGAUCCCUCUCACACCUCAGCAGGCCCAGGCACUGGGGGUCACUCUCACCCUUGAACAGGCUCAAGCACAGGGGAUCCCUCUCACCCCCCAGCAGGCCCAGGCACAGGGGAUCACUAUCACUUCUGAGCAGACCCAGACACUGGGGAUCACACUCACACCUCCACAGGCCCAGGCAUUGGGGAUCACACUCACCCCCGAACAGGCCCAAGCACAGGGGAUCACUCUCACUCCCCAGCAGGCCCAGGCACUGGGGAUGACUCUCACCCCUGAGCAGGCCCAAGCACAGGGGAUCACUAUAACACCCCAGCAGGUCCAGGCACUGGGGAUGACUCUCACCCCUGAGCAGGUCCAGGCACAGGGGAUCACACUCACACCUCCACAGGCCCAGGCAUUGGGGAUCACUCUCACCCCCGAACAGGCCCAAGCACAGGGGAUCACUCUCACUCCCCAGCAGGCCCAGGCACUGGGGAUGACUCUCACCCCUGAGCAGGUCCAGGCACAGGGGAUCACACUCACACCUCCACAGGCCCAGGCAUUGGGGAUCACACUCACACCUCCACAGGCCCAGGCACUGGGAAUCACACUCACACCUCCACAGGCCCAGGCAUUGGGGAUCACGCUCACCCCCGAACAGGCCCAAGCACAGGGGAUCACUCUCACUCCCCAGCAGGCCCAGGCACUGGGGAUGACUCUCACCCCUGAGCAAGUCCAGGCACAGGGGAUCACACUCACACCUCCACAGGCCCAGGCAUUGGGGAUCACGCUCACUCCCGAAAAGGCCCAAGCACAGGGGAUCACUCCCAUCCCCCAGCAAGCCCAGGUACUGGGGAUGACUCUCAGCCCCCAGCAGGCCCAGGCACUGGGGGUCACUCUCACCCCUGAGCAGGCCCAGGCCCUGGGGAUCACUCUCACCCCACAGCAAGCCCAGGCAGAGGGGAUGACUUUCACUCCUCAACAGGCCCAGGCACUGGGGAUCACUCUCACCCCUCAGCAAGCCCAGACACUGGGGAUGACGCUUACCCCUGAGCAGGCCCAGGCACAGGAGAUUACUCUUACCCUUCAACAGGCCCUGGCCCUGGGGAUCACUUUUACACCUGAGCAGGCCCAGGAAGAGGAGAUCACUCUCACUCCUCAGCAGGCCCAGGCACUGGGGAUCACUCUCAUCCCUGAGCAGGCCCAGGCACAGGAGAUCCCUCUCACCCCUGAGCAGGCCCAGGCCCUGGGGCUCACUCUCACCCCUCAACAGAUCCAGGCAAAUGGCAUCACUCUUACCCCUGACCAGUUCAAAGCACUGGCGGUCACCCUAACUCCUGAGAAAUGCCAGAGCUUGGGUUUCACACUCACUCCUGGGAAACUUCAGGCAUGGGGGUCUCCUUUCACUGUAGCACAGGCCUGGGAAUCGGGGGUCUCUAUUACUCCAGAAAGUCCCUGGUUGUCAGCUGUCCCUUGUACCCCUGAACAAACCCAAGGUUUAGGUGCCCCUCUCUCCUUAGAACAGGCUCAAGCAUUAGGGGUUUCUUUCUCUCCAGAACACUUCCAGAAAUCUGGGGUCCCUCUCACCUCAGAUAAAUUUUGUGCUAUAGAAUCUCCCCUUGAGCAAGUGCAAACUUUGGGAGCUCCCUUCAUCCCAGGACAAUCCCAACCCAUGGGUAUUACUCUCAUGUCUGAGGAGGACCAACAAUCAAGGGUACAGCCCUCACCACUUGGGCCCCAACCUCCUUUAGAACAUACCCUGAAAGUUGGGAUCAUUCCUGUUACUGAUAAACCCAUUACACCAGGUGGUCCUCACAUUUCUAAGCAGUUCCCCACAUUGGCUCCUUCCGGUCUUAGAUCUUUUCAAAGAUUGAAGGCUUCUGUCCUCCCUGGGAAAUCCUUUACAUCAAGUCCUAGGCAGGCCCCAGCCUCUGCUCCUAUUGUGGAGAAGUCCUCUGCAUUUGAGGUCUCUCCUACUCCUUUGCAGGUAUCAGGGUCCCCUCUUUCCCAAGCCCCUGGGAAAUUGCUAGGAAUGAGAAUUCCUUCUGACCCUGAGAAGCUCCUGGUACCACAGACUUUUCCUUCCUCUAAACAGACCCUGGUUUCUGAAGGUCAAACUGUUCAGUUUGUAGCACCAGAGGUCCCUCUGGCCUCUGGGAAGCUUGCACCGGAGACCCUUUUUAGUUCUAGAAAGUUCUUAAGAGACUCUUGGACUCCUCAGCUACCUCUGAUAUCAGAGGCCCCGCUUGCCCCCAGGCAGCCCCUUAUAUCUGGAGUUCCACUCUCCUCCCCGCAGUUUUCUACUCUCUUGGCUCCUCUUUCCCCUAGGAAGCCCUUGGUUCCUGGGACUUCCUCCAUCCUGGAACCUAGACCCUUAACACUUUCUGAGAAGCCCCAGGCAUUCCGGCUCCCUGCCAUCUAUGAGCAAUCUCUCUAUCCACAAGUCCCUUCUACUCUUGAGCAGCAUCAAACUUUCCCACUGGGGAUCCCUCCCACCCCUGGGCAUCCUCCAACACUAUGGACCUCCCUAACCCCUGGAAAGCCCCAGAAAGAUAUGUCCUCUUCUAUGGCUAAGGAAAGUAAGGAAAGAUUGGCAAUUAUUUCUUCUCUGAAAUCUAAAUCAGUCCCUUUUACUGCUAAGAACUUCCAAAUAUCAGGGAUCUCUGACACUUCUGAAGAAUUCCAGACAUGCCAUGAUCCUAUUGCCACAGAACAAUAUAGAACAUUUCAGUCCUAUCUCACCGAUUACAGGACACCAGUAUCACACACCCCUUACGUUGGUGGGAGGGCCCUUCCCCCUCUCGUGAAGUCUCUUUUUACUAAACUGCCCAAAACGUCACAGAUCUCAUCAUCUGAAUGGGACCAGAAAACCCAGUUCCCCCCUAUAGAUAAGUCCUGGAUACUGACUUCAGUUUCAGUUACCAAGAAACCUAAGAUGAUGGUGCCCCCUUCCUCUCCCCAAGAGCUCAAAGAGCAGAGGUAUUUUGUUGAUGUGGAAGCUCAGAGAAAGAACCUGGUACUCUUAAAUCAGGCCACAAAAUCUUCUGGACUCCCUUCACAGCUACACACAACAGCUAGGAAUCUCAUAAUUGAAACACUUCAUACAGACACAGUUCGGCUGGGAUACCUAUUCCGCAAGUACAUUGCUUACAGGCUGAUCCAGCGUGCAAGAAACAACAUAAUCAGACGAUUACAAGCCCUCCAAAACACUGGGAAAGGUUAUGAGACCCAGAACCUCUUCAUAAUGCUAAACAGAAUUGAUGACUACCAGAAAAAGAUGAUGCAGGUCUGGACCAACAAACAGAAGUCUUUAGAGCAGAAACGGAAUCAGUGCCUGAGGAAAAUGAUGUUCUUAUUUAGCCAGCUUCAAGAGAUGUAUAAAUUGAAUCUUAGUUGGCCCAUACCUUUGAUCACUGACAAAAAGGAGAUACCUGCCUCUGCCAAAUUUGUUCAGCAGCCAUUCCUAGAGCUGCUAAUAGAAGAAGAUAGAAAGUCUGACACAUUCAAGAAAUUACGACAAGAAGACCAAAUGAGAGCUAUCUGGAACGCUGAUCUGUCAACUUCAAGCUACCCAAUAACAGAGAAGACAUCAAUACAUUCGCUCUGGGCCCAGCUGGGUGGGUACCCAGAUAUUCCUAUGCUACUCCAGUUAGAUGUUCAGUCUACCUUCAGAAAAUCUCUCGCAUCCGUUAAAUCACAGUUUAAGAAGAUUCCCAAGUGACUGUAAAAUUAAACACAAGCAAGUAAAUUUCAGUGCUGCAGUAAAAU